UGUAACAUGUGACAUGCGACAGUGAUAAUAUUAAAUUAUAUAAUUUCUGUCUCCAUCCUGACGGUCCACUCAACUUGCAUCGUCUAUCCAUAGGCCUACUCUGCAUGCCUACAUGGACAAUCUUCUCUCAGAAUGAGAAACAAUAUACCCAUCCAAUGCAGAUGAAUGUAUUUCGGGUCAUGAAAACUGCCUACCACAUGUUGUACCCAUCAGAGGAGCCCUCCACAAUCGACGAUAUAUCAUCACAACCCUUGACAAUCAAAUAUGCAUUCUCAGAAGAAAACACAGGACCCCCAGGCCUAUCGAGCCUUGUCAUAUGUGUAAAUCGCUUUUCUGUCAUAUUUUGUGACAUGCAGAUCCAAGAUAAUUGGCGUAAUGUUUGCAUUCCCAUCCCUAGUGAGCUCACGCCGGUCAUCAUGGACAUAUAUGAGUUUGCUCUGGCGAGGUCCGAUGUAUGCUCUCGCCAGUGGGACACAAUGACGGAGAGUUACUUUGCACGCAGGAUAUGGAAACAGCUGCAAGUGGAGAGAUAUCACCAGCGUGUUUCACAGCAACAGCCUCCUGGUGGCACAGACACUAGAUUACCACCAGCCUUCUGGAAGUGCUCUAUAUGUGCCUCCGAUCUUAUCCGCUGCAACAGCUGUCAGGUUGCAUCGUGCGAGUCGCGUGAUUGCCGUGGAUCUUCCGAACCCCCACUCGCACGGUGCAUCACUCAUACAGAGGAAGUGCUAUGUCUCCCAUGCCUCGAGCAUCAGGAUUCUAAGCGGAUGGAACAGUGUCUAGGGUGCAACUCCUGGUGCUGCGCGAAAGAUCAGCUAUCAUGUACUGGUCGUCCUGUUGGCAUCGAGUCCAAUUCUUUCUUACGGGGACACCAGCCCACACUCCGUCUUAUGGUCGCCUACGCCAGUCAUGACCGCGUUCACCCUCCCAAGCCUAAGUCUUGUUUAGAAUGCGAACUACCCGGCUGGCGGACCUGCUCCAACCGUACAUGUUGGUCUGUUCAGAUCUGCCCGGAAUGCGCGAGCUGUGGCGUGACGUGUUUGUGCAAAAGAGUGUGGGCUUGCGAUCUCUGUGCUGAAUGGGGAGGCAUCAUCAUCCGAUGCCCGCGCUGCGACCGGCCAUUUUGCAUCACUUGCUACUACAUUGACCAGUGCAAGACGUGUCGCCGCGUGAGCCUGUGCUAUGAUUGCGCCGAAGAAGCGCCAGAUGUAGACGAGGUAGUGCCUGCUGAAGUCGCCUCGUCAUGUGCCGGCUGUGUGGGAGGUGUGCGAAGGCGUAGGAUUUAUUCAUGGGAAUGGAGGUAAAAUAACUCAGACUCAGACCGAGGGGUCCAGGCUCGUAAACUGAGUCGGAAGCCAGGAAGGAGACCCGCCAAACACUUGUGAAUAGGAGCACUGAUAUUUCUUUAGGGUUCCGACUGUAUGCUGCCCAUAGUCACGUAGUGAUGUAAGUUUGUGACGUAUACUACAAAUAAAACAGCGCUAGCAGUGUCCUC